AUGGCGAAAGUGUUUACUUUCCUUGUAUCUUUCUGUCUCUGCAUUGGUUUAUUUGCCAUUCCUAUUAAUGCAAGACCAUCCCAUCAUAAUCAUCACCAUCAUCACCGUCAUCAUAAGUUUACUCAGAAGAGUGAUGAGGAUAAAACUUACUUGUCUCAUGUAUAUGCUACUGAAACUGGAAGCAAUUUCACCCAUGUAUGUGACCCUUCAAGAUAUAAAGCUGUUGGAUUGGAAAUGUCCAACUUUGCAUUUUGUGAUUCAUCCCUUUCUUACGCUGCUAGGGUGAAGGAUUUGGUGGAUCAAAUGACACUUUCUGAAAAGGUAUACCAGCUAGGCAAUCUUGCUUAUGGUGUGCCUCGCCUGGGCCUGCCAAAGUACGAGUGGUGGUCUGAGGCUCUGCAUGGUGUCUCCAAUGUUGGCCCCGGCACAUUCUAUGACGACGUUGUUCCCGGCUCAACAAGUUUCCCCACCGUUAUCAGCUCAACAGCUUCGUUCAAUGAGUCAUUGUGGAAAAAAAUUGGUCAGGCUGUUUCAACAGAAGCUAGAGCCAUGUACAAUCUAGGGCGGGCUGGGCUAACAUUUUGGAGUCCAAAUAUCAAUGUAGUGAGAGAUCCGAGAUGGGGAAGAGCCUUAGAAACCCCAGGUGAAGAUCCUUUCGUUGUUGGCAGGUAUGCAGUGCAAUAUGUUAGAGGUCUUCAAGAUGUGGAGGGACAUGAAACAAAUUACACUGAUUUGAACACUAGACCUCUCAAAGUUUCUUCAUGCUGCAAGCAUUACGCUGCAUAUGAUGUUGACUUCUGGCUUGGUGUUGAUCGAACCAGUUUUGAUGCAAGGGUGCAAGAGCAAGAUAUGGUGGAAACAUUCCUUCGACCAUUCGAAAUGUGUGUUAAAGAAGGAGAUGUUAGCAGUGUAAUGUGCUCUUAUAACCGUGUUAAUGGCAUACCAACUUGUGCUGAUCCUAAACUUUUGAGGGACACCAUUAGAGGAGAGUGGGAUCUUCAUGGAUACAUAGUCUCAGAUUGUGAUUCAAUCGAUGUUAUGGUGCAUAAGCAUAAGUUUCUUGGUGAUACAAAUGGAGACGCCGUGGCUCAGGCAUUAAAAGCAGGUUUGGAUUUGGAUUGUGGCAUCUUCUACACGAAUUUCACUGGAAGUGCAGUGCAACAAGGAAAGGUCAGGGAAGGAGAUAUUGACAAGUCGUUGAAGUAUCUUUACACUGUGCUAAUGAGGCUAGGCUACUUUGAUGGAAGCCCUAAUUCCCAAUAUAAAUCUCUUGGCAAGAGUGAUAUCUGCACAAAUGAGAACAUUGAGUUAGCCACAGAUGCAGCGAGACAGGGAAUUGUACUCUUGAAAAAUGACAAUGACACUUUGCCUUUGGACUCUUCCAAGUUCAAAAAGCUAGCCGUGGUUGGGCCACAUGCCAAUGCCACAGCAGCAAUGAAUGGAAAUUAUGCAGGUAUUCCAUGUCGAUAUAUAUCUCCUGUUGAUGGCUUUAAAACAUAUGGAGAAGUAAACUACGCAAUGGGAUGUGGUGAAGUUAUGUGCAAGAAUGAAAGCUUCAUAUUCCCGGCUAUGGAAGCUGCAAAGCAUGCUGAAGCUACCAUAAUAGUGGCUGGUUUAGAUUUGUCUGUGGAGGCUGAGAGUUUGGAUAGGGUGAAUCUCACACUUCCUGGUUAUCAAGAAAAACUCAUCGAUCUGGUAGCUCAAUCUACCUUAGGUCCAGUUAUUCUUGUUAUAAUGUCCGCAGGUGGUGUUGACAUAAGCUUUGCUAAGGAUAAUCCAAAUAUCAAAUCCAUCUUGUGGGCUGGCUAUCCUGGAGAGGAGGGUGGCCAAGCCAUUGCUGAUGUUAUCUUUGGGAAAUAUAAUCCUGGAGGAAGAUUACCUCUUACAUGGUUUGCAAAUGACUAUGUGAAUCUGCUGCCAAUGACAUCUAUGCCUUUGAGACCUAUCGACAGCUUAGGCUAUCCAGGCCGAACAUAUAAAUUCUACAAUGGCCCAACAGUGUAUCCAUUUGGAUUUGGCCUCAGUUACACCAAGUUCAAUUACAAUUUAACAUCUGCCCACACUUCAAUCAACUUAAACAUGAACAAGUUCCAGCAUUGCCGCUCAAUAGACUAUACAGACGCCGCCCAGAUGCCGGCAUGCGCUGGAGUCCUGAUUGACGACAUGGCAUGGCAGGAUCAGUUUUCGUUUGAAGUUGAAGUUCAAAAUGUAGGAGACCGAGAUGGCAGCGAGGUGGUCAUAGUUUACUCAACACCCCCACAAGGAAUUAAAGCAAGUUAUAUCAAGCAAGUGAUUGGUUUUCAGAGGGUGUUUGUGGCAGCAGGAGGCGUGGAGAAAGUUAAAUUUGACCUCAAUGUGUGCAAAAGCUUAGCCAUUGUUGACUAUGCUGCAAAUACUCUAUUGCCAUCUGGUGGACACACUAUCACCAUUGGUGACAGUGGAAACUCAUUCCCUUUUCAGGUCAAUCUUAGCCGUUAG